UGCCUUUUGCGUUCGUCUCCCCCAGAUUUCACUGUUUCUUCUUGGAGUUUCGAGCUUCUCUUCAGUAAUUUUGUUGUUUUGUUUUCCCCCAAAAUGGCAACUUUGCCCCCGUCUCUCUCGCCCUGUCACUCCCAAACGACAUGCGCUUCUCUCCUCCAAGAAUUGCAGAUAAUAUGGGAUGAAAUUGGGGAAAGUGAUGGAGAAAGAGAUAAGAUGCUUUUGGAGUUGGAGCAAGACUGUUUGGACAUCUAUAGAAGAAAGGUGGAAAUGACGAGAAAGUACAAGGCCGAUUUGCAUCACUCUUUGGCUCAGUCUGAAUCAGAAAUCGCCAACCUCGUUUCCGCCCUCGGCGAACAUUCUCUCUCCUUCUCACGGGGAAAGGGCACUCUCAAGCAGCAAAUAUCUGCUGUAAGACCUGUUUUAGAGGACCUGAGGUCCAAGAAGGAGCAAAGAAUGAAGGAUUUUACUGAAACCCAAUCACAGAUUAUACGGAUUUGUGCAGAAAUAGCAGGCAAUAGUCAGUACAUUAUGUCUGCUGAUCCACAAGUAAGUGAGCAUGAUUUGACUGUCAAGAAACUAGGGGAGCUUAAAUCUCACCUACAGGAGCUUCAGAAUGAGAAGAUUAUCCGGUUACAGAAAGUUAACAGCCACAUUAAUAUGAUUCAUGAGCUGUCAGUUCUGAUGUCCUUUGAUUUCUUGAAGACAGUUAGUGGCAUUCAUCCGGGCCUGAUUGAUACUCCAAAUGGUCAAUCAAAGAGCAUCAGCAAUGAUACACUUGCUAAAUUAACUGGCCUGAUUCAUUCCCUGCAGCAAGAGAAGCAGAAAAGGUUACAAAAGCUUCAAAGCCUUGGGAGCACAUUGAUAGGACUAUGGAAUCUUCUUGAUUCACCUGCUGAUGAGCGAAAGAAAUUUGAGCAUGUUACUUCCUUGAUUUCUUCCUCAAUUGAUGAGGUGUCCAGACAAGGAUGCCUUGGUCUAGAUGUUAUUGAACAGGUUGAGAUUCAUGUUGAAAGAUUGAAUGUACUGAAGGCUAGUAAAAUGAAGGAGUUGGUAUUUAAGAGGCAAAAUGAACUUGAGGAAAUCUACAGAGGAGUCCAUAUGGAUGUAAACAGUGAUGCAGCACGGCAGCUUCUUAUCAACCUCAUAGAAUCUGGUGAUGUUGAUCUGUCCAAUCUGCUUUCAAGCAUGGAUGAUGAGAUUACAAAAGCCAAGCAGGAAGCUUUAAGCCGGAAGGAUAUUUUGGACAAGGUAGAGAAAUGGAAACAUGCAUCUGAGGAGGAAAAAUGGCUUGAUGACUAUGAAAAGGAUGAGAAUCGGUAUACUGCAGGAAGAGGAGUGCACAAAAAUCUGAAACGUGCGGAGAAAGCACGCAUUCUUGUCAGCAAAUUACCAUCUAUUGUUGAAACUUUGACUGUGAAAGUAAAAGCGUGGGAGCUGGAGAAAGGAAUCCCUUUUCUAUAUGACAAGAUUUCGGUCUUAAGCAAGUUGGAGGAAUAUACUGUUUUACGCCAAGAGAGAGAGGAGGAGAAGCGUAGAUCUCGGGAGCAAAAACGGUUGCAAGAACAAUUUGCUGCAGAACAAGAGGCACUCUUCGGUUCAAGACCAAAGAAGCCCUUGGGUCAGACUAAUACUAUGGUUGGAACCCCAGUUGGUCGCCGGGUGUCAACUCCUUCAGGUAGGCAUGGGGUUUCAAGUCUAAAGGAACAUAGAGAAAGUGGUAGGGUUAACAAUGUAAUACCGUUGAACUUUGUUGCUCUCCCAAAGGAUGACUCCGUCUCUCGGGGAAUUUAGACCUCCUUGACUCUGUUUUAUGACAUCAUUGUACAUGAUACACUGGAGAAGUAACUCUUUAUUCCAGCUUUGUUUGGUUUUGUACAUUUUUACAUGAGAUCAAAGAUGGUUCAUCUAUUAUAUGACAUGACACGCACUUCUAUACUGCUUAA